CUGCUCUCACCAUGGCUGCAUGGCUGUCCCGGAGUGUGAUGCAAAGAAAUGGCAGCUGGUUGCUGUCCUGUCCUGACUCCGUGGCCCGAGCCUGCUCCAGGGGAGUGAGAGGCCCGUCCUCUGCCCCGGAGGCCCUCUCUGCCCUACAGGAAAAGCCUCGGACAGUGGAGGACCUCCAUCACGUCAGCUUCUUGGAGCUAACUUACAGGAUGUUGUUUCAGGGUUUCUACAACCGUUUGCAUGAGCUACAGAUCUAUAACAAGCAGCGAUAUGGGCCCAUAUACAGAGACGGACUAAAGACAGUGUCCGUGAACACUCCAAAGCUGCUGGAGGAAGUCAUGAGGAACGAUGAGAAGUUCCCUUGCCGAGGAGACAUGUCCUUGUGGAAGGAGUAUCGUGAUAUGAGAGGAUUCGGCUACGGGCCUUUCACAGAGGAGGGGGAGAAGUGGUACAACCUGAGGGUGAUGCUGAACAAGCGCAUGCUGCAUCUGAAGGACUCUGCACAGUAUGGUGGUGUUACCAAUGACGUGGUUACAGACUUCCUCAAGAGGAUCGUCUACCUGCGUCAGUGCAGCCCGACAGGAGAUAUGGUGACCGAUAUGGCCAAUGAGUUAUAUCGUUUCUCACUAGAGGGCAUCGCCUCCAUACUGUUUGAGACAAGGCUUGGAUGUCUGGAAAAGGAAAUCCCUGCAGGUACACACGACUUCAUCAACGCCAUAGCCCAGAUGUUCUCCAACCACAUGGCUGCUCUCUUGUUACCUAAGUGGAGCCGCAGUCUACUACCCUACUGGGGGCGUUACAUCGCAGGCUGGGAGGGCAUCUUCAGUUUUGCUAACGAGUUGAUUGACAAGAAGAUGGAGGUCAUUCAGCAGCGUGUGGACAACAACCAGGAUGUGGAGGGCGAAUACCUAACAUACCUCCUCUCAAACACUCAGAUGAGCACUAAAGAUGUGUAUGGCUGCAUCGCUGAGCUUCUAUUAGCUGGAGUAGAUACGACCUCCAACACCCUCACAUGGACUUUGCACCUGCUGUCCAAGAACCCUCAAGCCCAGGACAGACUUUACGAAGAGGUGUCCACAUUGGUGCCAGCAGACCGGAUCCCCUCUGCUGUCGAGGUCAAUCGGAUGCAGUAUUUAAGGGCUGUUGUCAAGGAAGCACUGAGGAUGUACCCUGUGGUUUCUAUGAACGCAAGGAUCAUUGCAGAAAAGAGUGUUGCUGUUGGUGGAUAUCAAUUCUCAAAGAAAACUUCUUUCACGCUUUGUCACUACGCCAUCAGUCACGAUGAGGACACGUUCCCAGAGCCGUUCACAUUUAAGCCGGAGAGAUGGCUCCGUGACGGCCGCGAGAGGCCAAACCCCUUUGGCUCCAUCCCUUUUGGCUUCGGAGUGAGAGGCUGUGUCGGUCGCCGGAUUGCUGAACUUGAGAUGUAUCUGGUUCUGUUUCGGGUAAUCAGGCAGUUUGAAAUCAAACCAGACCCCACCAUGGGAGAGUUGAAAUGCAUCAACCGCCUUGUUCUGAUACCAGACCAACCAGUAAACUUACACUUUGUGGACAGAGGAUGUGAAAACACAGCUUGAUUUGCUUUUGCAAGGUUGAUUGAAUGCAAAUGUUGCAUAUGAAUGAAAAGCUUGUUUAUAUUAGGGCUGUCAAAGUUAACGCGCUAAUAACGAGUUAACGCAAAUUCGUUUUAACGCCACAAAUUUCUUAUUAAAUACUUGACAAAUCUCCCUUUAAGGGAUAUUUUGAACAAAUAAAA